AUGCGUAAACGCAAACAACCUGAACCCGACGAGUUGAACUCAAUUAUGGAUACGUUAGAGUUGAAAAUAGCUAACCAAAUGGAAUCUUUUAAAGUUAGCAUUGAGGCGGUAGUCACAGACUCUGUUAAAAAUGCCGUAAAUCUGGUACUUGAGAGAGAAAUUUGCAAAUUAACAACAUCCAUUAAUGAUACCCUGAACCAAUUUAAUCUUCGGUUAAACGAUAUGCAUGACUCGGUAAACUAUAUGAGUAAUAGGCAAGAUGCUUUUGACGCUCGUUUAAAAACGAUGGAAGAGGAUUCUCUGCGGCGUAAAGAAGUCCCCACUCAGUUAUCAAUGCUGGAAUCUAAAAUAGACAUGAUGGAGCAACAGGUCAGGCAGUCUAAUAUAGAAAUUGUCAAUCUCCCAGAACGUCGUGAUGAAAAUUUGAUAGCUGUACUUCAAAACAUUGGCUCAAUUAUUAAGCACCCUAUUAAUCCUGCCGACAUAGUAUCAGUGCACAGCGUGCUGCAUAUGGAUAAAAAAAAUCGCCACCCGAAAAAUGUCAUCGUGAAAUUCUCCACCAAAAUAAUACGGGAUAACGUGAUUGCCGCUGCGCGGGUAGUAAAAUGUGUCAAAUCAGAUCAACUACUGAUAUCAGAAAGGACAGAAAUCGUGCAACGACCGGCCGGCAAGACGGCGGAGGCAUACUGA